AGCGAAGCUGUCAGAGAGCAGGCGGCAGCCAGCGGGGUUCGGCCAGCUCCACGCUUCUCUGUGCCGGUGCCGUGGGAGCCUGGCUUCCCCGGGACAGGCCAUUUGAGACAGAAAAGUCACUUCGGGCAGGCUGCAGGCGGGGUCGGGUGAUGUCACAGGAAGCUCUGAUGUUUGGCUGCUGCCGUCGCUCCUCACUCACGCUCCAACACGCUCCCGGCGCUGCCCGCAGCCGCGCUUCUCUGCGGAGCGCAGCGCAGAGGGGGCAGCUCAGCCCUGGCAGCCGGCGGGCUCCGUACCUGGAUUACACCCGGCGGGAGGAUCAGGCCCUCCCAGGUCUCUUGUUCCGCUGGGCAGGGAGGGAACGAAACAUCUGCUUUCUCCUUCCCUGAAAAGGGGAAUCGCACUGAUUUAUCCAAAACCAUUCUCAUAAGAACUCAGCGUGUUUGAAUUCUUUCAGCUACCAUAUAAAAUUCACGGCACCAGACAUAAAAAUGACAAAAUGGAUGACAUUUUUGCUGUUCUUCAUAUCAGUUACUGUGUUUUAUGCUGCUGCUAUACCAUCCGAAGGGCACCAGAACAUGACGGAGGACUUCACUCAACUGAGUGUUACACGGAAUAAAAUUAUGACAGCACAGUAUGAAUGCUACCAGAAAAUUAUGCAAGAUCCUAUUCAUAAGAAAGAAGGUCCUCACUGUAACAGGACAUGGGAUGGCUGGUUGUGCUGGAGUGACGUUGCUGCUGGAACUGUGUCAGUACAGCGUUGUCCUGACUACUUUCAGGAUUUCAACCCAUCAGAAAAAGUUACGAAGAUCUGUGAUCCAAGUGGGAAUUGGUUUAAACACCCAGAAAGCAACAGGACGUGGACCAACUAUACCCAGUGUAAUAUCUAUACGCGUGAAAAAGUGAAGACUGCUCUGAAUUUGUAUUACUUGGCCAUCAUCGGACAUGGUCUUUCAAUUGCAUCACUUCUGAUUUCUCUUGGCAUAUUCUUUUAUUUUAAGAGCUUGAGUUGCCAAAGGAUUACCCUGCAUAAAAAUCUCUUUUUCUCUUUUGUUUGCAACUCUGUUGUAACAAUAAUUUCACUGACUGCUGUUGCCAACAAUCAGGAGUUAGUUGCAACUAAUCCAGUUAGCUGCAAAGUGUCACAGUUCAUCUACCUGUACUUAAUGGGGUGCAACUACUUUUGGAUGCUGUGUGAAGGCAUUUACCUGCAUACUCUCAUUGUGGUGGCUGUUUUUGCCGAGAAACAACACCUGAUGUGGUAUUACCUUCUUGGCUGGGGUUUUCCACUGAUCCCUGCCUGCAUACAUGCCGUUGCUAGAAGUUUAUAUUAUAAUGACAAUUGCUGGAUCAGCUCCGAUACUCAUCUCCUGUACAUCAUCCACGGCCCUAUCUGUGCUGCGCUGUUGGUGAAUCUUUUCUUCCUGCUGAAUAUCGUUCGUGUUCUCAUAACCAAGCUGAAAGACACCCACAAGGCAGAAUCCAACCUGUACAUGAAAGCAGUGAGAGCCACCCUGAUUCUGGUUCCGCUGCUUGGCAUCGAGUUUGUGCUGUUCCCAUGGCGACCAGAAGGCCAGAUCGCUGAGGAGGUGUAUGACUAUGUGAUGCACAUCCUGAUGCACUACCAGGGUCUGCUGGUGGCUACCAUUUUCUGCUUCUUCAAUGGAGAGGUCCAGGCUGUUUUGAGAAGACACUGGAACCAGUACAAGAUCCAGUUUGAGCACAGCUUCAGCCACUCGGAUGCCAUGCGCACUGCUUCCUACACCGUCUCUUCCAUCAGCGAUGUGCAAGGCUACAGCUACAACCACGACUGCACCAGUGAACAUUUGAAUGGGAAGGGCUACCAUGACAUGGAGAGCGUUGUUUUAAAGACGGAAAAGCUGUACGGGUGACUGCCCAGGCUCGGCCCAUGCCGGCAGCUUUACCCUUACAGCUCAUGGACUCCACAUUUGAUUUUGUGACUUCAUGGCCAGAAGAUUUUACUGAACGGGUUGUUUUUCUCCCGAGUGAUGCAACCUAAACCAAGACGUUUUUCAUAUGUAUGUAUAUAUAUGCAUAUAUACAUCUGUUGGUGUUUCUGUGUAUCUAUAUAGUAUGAACAGCUGUACAUAUAUAUCUAUAUAUGUAUGUGCAUUUAUAUACAGAUACAAACUUUGCCUCUUCAGUUUCUACUGUGUAGACAAAGUUGGCAACUUUUGUACAAAGGGAAUCAAUGAAGGAUUUCUUAUUUUCUGGGAAGUUUGUAUAAGACUGUGUUGUGUUGAAGCCAUUUCCCUAUAGAAUCUUUGAGUGUAAAUACCAUACUGUAUUGUCUUAAUUCAACUAAAACAGAACACAGGAAAAUGUUUAAAGUAGGUGCAAUAAUAACAAUAGGUUGUCUAGGGUAAUUUUUGUGUCCAGCAUUUGACUGUCAAAAAGCCCAACAAGAAGUCUGAGGGAACAGACUCAAAGAUAUCAAUGGUUUAAUUUGGUUUGUUUUGGCCAGUUUGUUUUAUUUCCACUAUUUAAAAAUCAAGCAUAGAGACAGCAGUGCAAGUCUGAGACUUUACUUCUGUACUGCAAUAUAAUAGUUUACAGCAAGCUCUGAGCAAUUUUAUUUAAAAUAUUUUUGCAUAUACAGGAGUGUCACCUUCUCCUCAAGUUUAUGGAGGUUUCUUACUGUCUUUAACACAGGCCAGACUGAUGAGGCCUUACUGCCAGACAAAAAGUGGGACCUUGAAUAACUAUAAAUCCUUCCAGACACACAUAAUUGAAGCUGAUGGAACUUCACUGUGUGCUUAAGCAAUUUACUCAACUGCAAAAAGAUCAUGUGCAGAAUUUGUUGUAGUCAUGUUGUUUUGUUUUAUUUUUAAGUAAUUCCCUUGCUAUGUUAAUGAUGAUUUAUUCCUUCGUCUUUGAGGCAAAGUUUUGAUUAACUUUGUAGCGCUUUUUUUUGGUCUGAGUAAACCACACAAGACAUGGCAGUACAAAUAACAUAUACUACCUUUAAAGCCAGUGUAUGAUAUUCAGACUAAUCAAACUAAUCACAGACUCAUAGAAUAGGUUAGGUUGGAAGGGACCUCCAAAGGUCAUCUAGUCCAUCCAGCAUAAAGUUUGUCUUACAAAGACUCAAAAAUUUAUGGUUUGAGAAUUUUAUUAUUAUUUUGGAAUGCUUGAUUCUGAAUCUCUUAUCUUAGUUACGCAACUUAGAACAGUGUAAGUUGUUUCUUUGGUUCUACUGGUGAAUAAUGGUCUCACUGAAAAUGAGGAGCCUGUAAGGAAGGUCUUGAGAAAAUGUGUCUUUAUAGCAAUCAAAGGUUUUGGAAAUCUUUUUGCUUUUAAAGAAAUAGUAGACAUUUUCAGUGAAAUGACAAAAAUCCUCAAGAAUGGAAGCAUGAUAUGAGGUGACUUUAGAAAAGUCUUACGAAAAAUCACAAAAGUAGAAAAAGGUUUUAUUAGUUUAUUUUGCAGACAAGUCUACUUCAAGUGGGGAAAAACAGAUUAAAGCAGAAGAAAAGCAAGUGCUGGAGAUUAUUAUUAUGAUGGUUACUAUUACACUAAUUAAUAUAUAUCUGGUGCAUGUCAGUCAGUCAAAAAAAGGAAAGUUCUUUCUGAAACCACUUCAGUUUUAAAUACUUAAUUUUGUGUAUGAAGACCUUGAUUUUAACAUGUAUACAUUUUUGUCAGUAGCCUUUCUGUAAGCUUCACUAGCAUCUAGUUAAUUUGCUGUCACGGUGUUUAUUGGUUUGUGACUUUAUAAGGCUUUAAAUGCUUCGUAUUUAGAAGAACAUUAGGAGGAUGCACUAAGUUCAUGCCACUUGCACCUUUCUGUAUUUUACAUUUCUUAGGUCUGGAGUUAGAAUUUAGAGUGGUUUAUUAAUGAUUUAGUUUCAUAAUGUAGAAUCUCAGCUAGGAUGGACAAAUCAAGAUUUCUGUUCUGCAAGGCUGUCUGGUUGAUUGAUGGGAAUGAUUUGAAAAUCGGGUGGAUUCUGUACUUUUAGAAUAGUGUGAAAUCUGGCAAUCAGAUGUUGUAAUCUCUUAAACUGUAAGAACAGAGCAACAUUAUCUGCUACAAUAUGACUAGAGGUUACUUACUACUCUGCUUGCUGAUCUGUGUAGUGUUACUUAAAAUCUGUGGAAUGUUCUGAAAAUAUAAGUGGUGCAGAAAAUCCCCACUCUGGUAUAGGAGCUUUACACUUGGGGGACCAGAUCACCAACUCGUAUAUAUCUGUCUUGAGUUCAGUUUUCAGAAUUGCUGGAUACCAGCUGAGAAUCAGUCUGUCCAUUUAGAAGUCUUCUGAAGUCCUUUACUGCAUGUUAUCGGACAAUUAUCUCAAUGGUACCAGGUGGGUUGUUAUAAUUAAAAGUGAUGGCCUAGAGUGGGAUACAAUAUUAGAUUUUGAAUUAAGCUUCCUUCUCAGCUAAGCAGUUGAAGUGUAAUAGCCUAUAACUUUCUAUCAUUUACUGCAAAGUGCUAGUCGCUAAUCGCUCCUAAUCUGUUAGAGAAACUUGUAAUGGUAAUUUAGGAGGGAAAAUUGUUUUUCCACAGAAGUCAUCCUGCUUCUAGGUGGACAAUCACAACAUGCUGCUAGCCGCACAUCUGUCUUUCACUUUUGAAAAGAAACACACGUCCAACUGGAUGUGCAAGAAAACGUGUGUGGCUGUGGAGGGUUACUUGGCAUAAGAGACCUGUAUUUCCCUCUCCUCAGGAGGUUAACUAACCUAUUUGCUAUUUGGCAUUGGAAAGCAUAAAUUCCCUAUUUUCUCUUCCUACCUCACCUUCUGCACUUCUACACAACCAAGAGAAGGGUCAGCUUCUUAAAAUGUUUUCUUUCUGUCACAGUAAAUUAAAAUGAAAUCCUAAUACUGAAUCCUCAUGGCUUAUUUUCUACUUUACAGAAUGUUGUCCUCACCUUUAUCCUCUGGGAUGGAAAGAAACUCCCGUUUGGUGGGGCUCUGAGAUUCUUUUGAACAUGCAAAGAGUUAUCUGUUAUUAUUUGCUCUUUUUUUUUUUUUUUUUUUUAAUUAUUUAGUGAGGAUUUCUAUUAUUAAUCUACAGGGGCUGUUUGUCUUUAUUUGGUAUCUGUAACACCAGCAUGUUAGUAAUUCUAUGAGAGGGAAUAUCUCUUUUUAAUGCUACUGUCUUCAAUUAAUGAAAUGCUCCACUGCAGGGUCCUCUCAGUUGUUUUUUUGCCUGUUUGUUUUGAUGUUAGCAUUUAUGCUACAUAUUUUUUCAUUGUGAUGAUCUACUAGAGUAUUUGGCUGUAGGAAUGCUGCAACAUGCACUCCAUUUCAUGAAGCAUUUGGGCUGGAAACCAGGCAAUAUUUGAGUAUUGUUCUAUGUAAAUAAGAUUAAUAGAAGCUAUAGCAUUGUAUUUAUUGCUUACGCUAAGAAUGAAAUGGAAAAAAUGUGAAGUUAUUUUUCAGUUGUGUUAUAUUUUCACUUUGUUCAUAUGAAUCAUCAUGCAUUUCAGUUCCUGAAAGAAGUAUUAUGUUUGUGAUCAAUAAAAUAUUACAUUUAUUCAGA